AACUGCCGGCUAAACGUAAAUCUGACUUGGAGAGUUUUAAAUUAAAUUAAAGCUUAUUUAAAUAUCAUAAUUAAACUUACCAACAGGAAAUAUCAACAAUUAAGCAUGGAAACGGUGAACGUCGAUUCGCAAAACAAUGAUCAUCAGAGCAAACGCUGGAAUCAUCUGCGGAAGAUUCUCGAGCGCUCCGGUCCAUUUUGUCCACCGAACUUCACCCCUUCGAACGAAACCUUGGAAUUUCUGCUGAACACCUGCAAAAUUUUGUGCAUCGGUGCCGGAGGUUUAGGAUGUGAACUACUUAAGGAUCUUGCCUUGAUGGGGUUCCGUGAUAUCCAUGUAAUCGAUAUGGACACCAUCGAGUUGUCGAAUUUGAAUCGCCAAUUUCUGUUCCGCCGAGCGGAUAUCGGUAAAUCGAAGGCCGAAUGCGCUGCAGCAUUCGUUAAUAGGCGCAUUCCCGGCUGCACGGUGACACCGCACUUCUGCAAGAUUCAGGAUUUCGACUCAAAUUUCUAUCGUCAGUUCCACAUCAUAGUCUGUGGUUUGGAUUCGAUCGUGGCUCGGCGUUGGAUCAAUGGGAUGCUGAUUUCAAUGGUGGAAUACACCGAAGAUGGGUCUGUGGAUGAAACAACGAUCAUUCCAUUGAUAGAUGGUGGCACCGAGGGAUUCAAAGGGAAUGCCAGGGUCAUUUUGCCGGGAAUGACCGCCUGUAUUGAUUGCACUUUGGAUCUGUUUCCUCCGCAAAUCAACUACCCAUUGUGUACUAUUGCAAACACUCCUCGGCUGCCGGAACACUGCAUCGAGUAUGUGAAAAUCAUUCAAUGGCCUAAGGAGAAUCCUUUCGGUAACGACACUCCACUUGACGGGGAUGAACCACAACAUAUCACAUGGGUUUACGAAAAAGCUCAAGAGCGAGCCAAUAGUUUCAAUAUUACUGGCCUUUCUUAUCGCUUGGUACAAGGUGUGUUGAAAAACAUUAUCCCAGCGGUAGCCAGCACCAAUGCUGUGAUUGCAGCGGCUUGCGCAACCGAAGUUUUCAAGAUUGCUUCGAGCUGCUGCGAAACGUUGAACAACUACAUGGUGUUCAACGAUAGUGAUGGAAUCUAUACCUACACGUACGAGGCCGAAAAGAAAGCGGAUUGCUUGGCCUGCAGCCAAGUUCCUCGCCCAGUUGACGUGGUCGAUCCAAAUACGAUGACCCUCCAAGAUCUGAUUCAGUAUCUGUGUGAAAGCGCCGAGUUUCAAAUGAAAAGUCCCGGGCUGACUGCCACCGUCAAUGGAAAGAACAAAACCCUCUAUAUGGCAACGGUGAAAAGUAUCGAGGAGGCCACCAAGGGCAACCUGACCAUGUCGCUGGGAGAAUUGGGUUUGAAGGAUGGCCAAGAAAUUAUGGUAGCCGAUUCAACAAACCCUAGUGCGAUUUUGAUUAAGCUCAAGUUCCAAAGCAAUGAGAUUGAAAUGGCUUAAUAAGCUCCCUAUGUACUUGCGUUUCUAAUGACAUCAAUUAUUUAAGUAUGGAAUAAAAAGCUUGUUUGAUUUAGUA